AUGGCAGAUUUCAACCUCACCCCCUCUGAGUCUUCAAUGUUCAUCCUAACUGGCAUCCCUGGCCUGGAAUCUGACCACAUCUGGAUUUCCAUCCCUUUCUCUACAGUCUACUUUAUUGCCCUGUUCGGAAAUUUCACAGUUCUGUUUGUUGUAGGCAAAGAGAAGUCCCUGCACAAGCCGAUGUACCUGCUGCUCUGCAUGCUGGCACUCACAGACAUCACCACAUCUACCUCCUUCAUGCCAAAGGCACUGUGUAUAUUUUGGUUCAAUUUGAAAAGCAUUACUGUGAAGGGCUGCCUCACCCAGAUGUUCUUCUUUCAUGCACUUUCUAAUGUGCACUCAGCCAUCCUCGUGACAAUGGCCUUUGAUCGCUACGUUGCCAUAUGUAACCCUCUAAGAUACGCCACCAUCCUCACCAACGCACGAAUAGCUAAGCUAGGGCUAGUGGGUUUGAUAAGAGCUCUAAUAUUCAUUCUGCCUAUGCCCCUGCUUUUGAGCAGGAAGCCAUUCUGUGCCAACCUCAUUAUCCCCCACACGUACUGCGACCAUAUGGCAGUAGCUAAGAUGUCAUGUGGGGACGUCACAGUCAGCAGACUAUACGGCUUGGGGAUGGUGUUUAUACUCAUUGGGUUAGAUGUGACGCUCAUUGGCCUGUCCUACGGUCUGAUCAUCAGGGCUGUCCUCAGAAUCUCCUCCAAGAAAGCCAACCACAAAGCCCUCAACACUUGCUCAGCCCACAUCUGUGUGAUCCUCAUUGCUUAUCCUCUUGGACUCUUUUCCAGUCUGACCCACAGGUUUGGUCAGGGCAUCCCUCAGCACGUUCACAUCAUUUUGUCGAACAUCACUUACCUCAUUCCCCCCAUGCUCAACCCUAUCAUUUAUGGGGUCAAAACCAAAGAGCUUCGUGACAAAGUGGUCAAAUACAUCUGCAGAAUUCACUCACCUCGUGCUACUGACUUUAAAUGCACGUGA